AUGGCCGCCGCCUCCCCGGACUACAUCUCCCGGCAUGCCCCGCGCCGGCGGCUGGUGACGCGCAGGGUGCGCGCCGCGGGGGGCAGGCUCAGCGUGCCUGAGCCUGUGAAUUCUCCUUUGCAGUCUUACUACUUCGACCGUGACGACGUGGCUCUGAAGAACUUUGCCAAGUACUUCCUGCACCAGUCCCACGAGGAGCGGGAGCAUGCUGAGAAACUCAUGAAGCUGCAGAACCAGCGGGGCGGGCGCAUCUUCCUGCAGGACAUCAAGAAACCGGAUCGCGACGACUGGGAGAACGGGCUGACCGCGAUGGAGUGCGCUCUGCACCUGGAGAAAAACGUGAACCAGUCGCUGCUGGAGCUGCACAAGCUGGCGACGGAGAAGAACGACCCGCACCUGUGCGACUUCAUCGAGACCCACUACCUGGAUGAGCAGGUGAAGGCCAUCAAGGAGCUGGGCGACCACGUCACCAACCUGCGCAAGAUGGGGGCCCCCAAGUACGGCAUGGCCGAGUACCUGUUCGAUAAGCACACCCUGGGGGACAGUGACAACGAGAGCUGAGCC